AUGAUAGUUGCGGGGGCCAUGGGACACCGGAAAGCGCGCCAACAUACGACCCUGUUCAUGCUGAGCGAAAAGGCACGAAAAGCAGUGAAUCACUAUGCCGAUUAUCGCGACCCCAAUCGACCCGUACAACGCAAAGGGAUGCUAAUGAAUUUUCUCACCAAAGAGUAUGUAGAAAUUCGUCCGCAAGAUGUGUAUGGAAAGUGUCGUUACGUAUCGUCGUUCCAGAAAUUGAACCGGGUCGGCGAAGGCACGUACGGAAUUGUUUUUCGUGCCCGCGAUUCUGUCUCAAAUGAAAUUGUAGCCCUGAAGAAGGUACGGAUCGAUCAAGACAUCUUCAAAGAUGGAUUCCCAAUAAGCGGAAUGCGUGAGAUUCAGAUUCUCAAAAAUUGUAAUCACGAAAACAUCGUCCGGUUAAAGGAAGUGGUAGUCGGCAACAGUCUAGAAAGUAUCUUUCUCGUAAUGGAAUUUUGUGAGCAGGAUCUUGCCUCGCUGCUCGACAACAUGGAAACACCGUUCACGGAAUCGCAAGUCAAAUGCAUCAUAUUACAGCUGCUGAAAGGUUUAAAGUACCUACACUCGAAGUACAUCAUACACAGAGAUCUAAAGGUGUCAAAUUUGCUGCUAACGGACACAGGAUGCCUGAAGAUAGCCGAUUUCGGUUUGGCACGCUACAUGAGCGACUCAACCAAACCGAUGACACCAGGCCUUGUAACGCUCUGGUACCGUCCUCCAGAAUUACUCUUCGGUGCCAAAACGCAGAACACUGCGGUAGACAUGUGGGCAACGGGUUGCAUUCUUGGUGAGCUGUUGAUUCACAAACCGCUGUUGCCCGGUACGAGUGAAAUCUCCCAGAUCGAGCACAUCAUUAACCUACUCGGCACACCAACGACGGCUAUUUGGCCAGACUUCGAUAGCCUACCCUUGGUGCAAAACUUCACGCUCAAAGAACAGCCCUACAACAAUCUGAAGAGCAAGUUUCCCUUCCUAUCGUCGAGUGGGUACGAUCUGCUGAACAGUUUGUUCAUGUACAACCCGCAGUGUCGUGCUUCAGCACGACAAUGUCUGCUAAGCACAUACUUGGUGGAACCACCACUCCCAUGCGAUCCGAAACUGAUGCCAACGUUUCCUCAUCAUAGAGAUAUGAAGAAAACAACCCCAAACAAACCGGAAGAUCCGCGCAAACGCACCAAUACCCUGUCAAAUAGCAAGGCUCCAUUCGAUGCAAGCCAGCCUCCAACUAUUUCGGAUUUACUCGGUUCAUUUAUUAAGAAACGACGCUGUGAUUAG